AUGCAGGUUAUCAAUGGUAUAGAAGUACUGACACUGUGUAUUCCACACACUACAGGCUUCAGACAGUGACAAAAAUGGACACAGAGACAGCUGGAAAGGUAAUUAAAUGCAAGGCUGCAGUUGCCUGGGAGGCAAAGAAACCAUUAUCUAUAGAAAUUGUGGAGGUCGCCCCACCAAAGGCUCAUGAAGUGCGCAUAAAGAUCACUGCCACUGGGGUAUGUGGUACUGAUGCAUAUGGACUGAGCGGUGCCGAUCCCCGAUUUAAAUAUCCAAUAAUCUUUGGUCAUGAAGGAGCUGGAAUUGUUGAAAGUGUUGGAGAAGGAGUCACUGUAGUUAAACCAGGUGACAAGGUUAUUCCUCUUUAUGUUUCACAAUGCCAUGAAUGUGAAAACUGCCUGAAUCCUAAUACAAACAUUUGUACAAAAAUCAGAGCUACGCAACAGCAGGGGCUAAUGCCUGACAUGACGAGUCGAUUCACCUGCAAGGGGAAGCAGGUGUUUCAUUUCUUGGGAUGCAGUACCUUUGCAGAGUACACAGUCUGUGCUGAUAUAUCUGUUGCUAAAAUUGAUGAUAAUGCCCCCUUAGACAAAGUGUGCUUGAUUGGCUGUGCUAUUCCUACUGGUUAUGGUGCUGCGAUCAAUACUGCUGAAGUUAAACCAGGAUCCACCUGUGCUGUGUUUGGUUUGGGAGGAGUAGGCCUUUCAGCUGUUAUGGGAUGUAAAGCAGCUGGUGCGUCACAAAUUUUUGGUAUCGAUAUCAACAAGGAGAAGUUCAAUAAGGCCAAAGAGUUAGGUGCGACUGCAUGCCUGCACCCACAGGACUAUGACAAACCCAUUUCUGAAGUGCUGAUUGAGCUAACUAAUGGUGGUGUGCAUAAUGCCAUCGAGUGCACUGGCAACACUGAUGUAAUGAAUUCUGCAGUGCAAUGCUGUCGUCCAGGGUGGGGAAAAGCUGUAAUAAUUGGUUUAGCAUAUCCUGGCAAGACGUUAUCAGUCAUACCCUACAAGAUUCUACUAGGAUGCACAAUAACAGGCUCCAUGUUUGGAGGAUGGAAAAGCGCAGACAGUGUUCCUAAACUGGUAUCUGACUACAUGAUGAGAAAACUAAAAGUGGAUGAGUUUAUUUCCUGCACUCUGCCAAUAAGCAAAGUCAAUGAAGCUUUUGAUAUGAUGCAUAAAGGAAACAGUGUUCGAACUGUCCUGAUAUUCUAAACAUUUUGAAGAACAAUGCGGUUUGGCCUACCAGUCUUUAAUCAGCACAGAUUCCAAGAACUGCUGAGGUUCUGAAACAUACACCAGAAUACAUUAAUCAUACAAAACAAAAAUGUCUGACCGUGAAGUAUCUACAUUUAUUAAUUGUGCAUGUAUUCACAGUAUUACAGUUUUCCAAAGACCAGCCAGAAUACUGUACCUGCAUGACUACAAUAAUUAUGUAAGCAUUAGAAAUUAAUGGUUUUGUCCAAUAAAGUAAGCUGCAUUUGUUUAG